AUGUGUAAUCCCAUUCCGAAACCAUCCUCAGCAUCUCCAUUUCUGUCUCCCACACAAACUCACCUCAUAACUCCAAACCCAAAACCACUCCUAAAUUGUCCUUCUCAUGAUGAACUUCACCAUCAACAUGAACUUCAAAGAUGGCCAACUCCAAAUGAGGUGAUAGAAGAAAUGAAAGCCAUAGGUAAAAUAUCAGUUCCAACAGCAAUAACUGGUUUACUCUUAUACUCAAGAGCCAUGAUCUCUAUGCUUUUCCUCGGAUAUCUCGGCGAGACACAGCUUGCAGGAGGUUCUCUCUCUAUAGGUUUCGCAAACAUCACCGGCUACUCUAUCAUCUCCGGUUUAGCCAUGGGAAUGGAACCUAUCUGUGGACAAGCUUAUGGAGCUAAACAAUGGAAGAUACUCGGUUUAACUCUUCAAAAAACAACACUUUUGCUUCUCUCUACUUCAAUCCCCAUUUCAUAUCUAUGGCUUAACAUGAAAAAUAUUCUCUUGUUAUGUGGUCAAGACCAAGAGAUUUCAUCCACAGCACAAACUUUCAUCAUGUUUUCUUUACCAGAUCUUUUCUUUCUCUCCUUUCUUCAUCCUCUUCGUAUUUACCUAAGAACACAAAACAUUACGUUACCAUUAACGUAUUGUUCAGCUGUAUCUGUUAUUCUUCACGUUCCUUUGAAUUUUGUUCUUGUAGUUCAUUUCAAAAUGGGUGUUGCGGGGGUGGCAAUAGCAAUGAUUUGGUUUAAUCUUAAUCUUUUGAUUUUUCUUUGGUCUUUUGUUUUUUUCUCUGGAGUAUAUAAAGACUCAUGGGUGUUCCCUAGUAUGGAAUGUCUCAGAGGUUGGUCUUCGUUACUAAAACUUUCGAUUCCGUCGUGUGUUUCUGUCUGUUUAGAAUGGUGGUGGUAUGAACUGAUGAUAGUUUUGUGUGGACUUUUGGUCAACCCAAAGUCAACGAUUUCUUCAAUGGGUAUUCUUAUUCAAACAACCUCGUUGGUUUAUGUUUUUCCUUCUUCUCUUAGUCUUGGUGUUUCAACUAGAGUUGGAAAUUUGUUAGGUGAGAAUUCUCCUUCAAAAGCACGUUUUUCUAUGAUAGUGUCCAUGUUUUGUGGCUUUGGUUUGGGAAUUUUGGCUAUGGUUUUUACUAUUUUGAUGAGAAAUCAAUGGGGGAGAUUGUUUACAAACGAUGAAGAGAUUCUGAAUCUAACGGCUAUGGUUUUGCCAAUUGUUGGGCUUUGUGAGAUUGGGAAUUGUCCACAGACAACAGGGUGUGGUGUUUUGAGGGGAAGUGCUAGGCCUACGGUGGGUGCAAAUAUCAAUUUGGGUUCUUUUUAUUUGGUGGGUAUGCCGGUUGGUAUUUUCCUUGGGUUUGUUAUGAAAAAGGGCUUUGUUGGGCUUUGGUUUGGGUUGCUUGCGGCCCAAGGCUGUUGUGCGAUUCUCAUGUUGUUUGUUCUUUGUAGAACGGAUUGGAAUAAUCAAGUUGAAAGAGCUAAGAAUCUCACAAAAACUACAACAAAUUCUACCUUGUUACCAACAUUCAUCACAAAAAAUGUACUAUCUCAUGAAGGCAAGAACAUCGUCAAUCACCGUGGUUGUCUUGAAGAAUCCAUAGGAAUCACACACCAUGACAAGGACGAUGAUUAUGUUACCAAAAAAUGUACACAGUCACUUGAAACAGACCCACUAUUAUCAAACAUGUUAACACUAAGUUAA